CACGCGGAACCACGUACAUCCACACUAUGUUUCCGGACGAGCCAUUAUGAAGAGGGAACGUAGGGUAAUGCACAGGGCAAACUUGUAACAGAAACAUCGCGCUUGAUGUCAAGCAUGUGGCUCGCCAAACCCCUUGUGACAUCUUUCGUUCUCAAAGGACAUUAUGGUCUGUUCGUUCAUCCUGUGACAUCGCUGCCUAAAUAUGCGCUCAGAUUCUUGCACUGCAGCUGUUGCAGGAGAAGUGGAAUAAUUGCCGCUGGGUUGGACAACAUGAAUGAAUCCCCUUCCUCUAAAUUAUGCCAAGAGAACUGUGAACCCCUGGACUCAUGUUAUACAGCAGAGCAGCGUGCUGUCAUCCUCCAACGUCUCAAUACAGCCACAGAGUCUGAACUGACACAGAUCAAACUGCUGAGAGGACGGAAAGCUGUCAACAUUAUAAACUACCGAAACAGACACGGACCGUUCAGCAGUCUGGAAAAUGUCACUCAUGUGCCUUUACUGAAACACAAGAGCGCUGUCACAGUCUUUGACUCCAUCCUUAAACCAGCUCAGAAUAUGGAGAAAAGAAAGGGAAAAGUCCACCUGGCCAAAUUUAUAAGACCUGAAGUUGACAGAGCUGUUUUGGAAGAUGCAAAUUCGAUUGUGUCUAUUGUCUGUGGCACUAAUAAAAUCGCUUGGACGCAUAUGAAUCGAGCACUGACUGUUUUAGACUGGCAGCAGGAGGAGUGCAAGAGUUUUUUGAAUGGGACAUACAUGGCAUCGGAUUAUUUGGAGGAUAUCUCUACUGUUAUUUCAAGAUUUCCUGCAACUGAUUUCUUUGUGGUGGAGAAGGCAAGUAUCUCUCCCCAGAACACUUCCCUUUAUCCGGUUAUGGCUCACCUCCGGACAGUAGAAGCCAUGCUGUUUGCUUUGCUUUCCCCAAUGAGGGAGCCAGGAAGAUCGCCCAAAGUCCUUAACAUGAUGCGCACAGCUGUGGGUCGCCAUUUUGGCCUGAUGGUGGGGGACAGUCGAGCGAGUGGAGCCGAGACCGUAAGGAAGAUGAUGACGGAGUCUGUGAUCAAGCAAGAGCCACGAGUUAUCUUUCCCCACAGUUUGGUGAUGAAGCACAGAAACUCCUUUCAGAUGAGCAGCAGAAACAAAGGGGAAGAACUGUGUGAUGCUCUUCUACAGGCUGUUGCUUUUUUUGAAUUCCUGCAAGUGAAGUAAAUCACUACUGGAUGACUUUUGCUUAUGUGUUAUUAGUACUCUGUUGUUCAAUUUAUCCCUUGGUGAAAUCUAUAUCAGAUUAUGCCUUGCUGCAUGUGUUAUGACAUGAUAUGCAAUAUUUAAGAGAACUGUUGUUUGUUACACUUCAUGUUAAAGGAAAUCACAGCCGUUUGGUAAAAUUUUACUAUAUUCUUACCUCAACUUAGACAAAUGAAUACAUACCUAUCUUUUUUCAAUGUGUGCACUUAAUCUUUGUACAGUGCGUUGUGAAUGUGUUAGCAUUUAGCCUAGCCUUAUUAAUUUCUUAGUAUCCAAACAGGGAUGAAGCCACCAAACACUUCCAUGUUUUCUCUAUUUAAAGAACUAUAUUUUAUGGUGGAAGAGCACUUAGUUUGCAGCACUUCAACCUCGGCGGGCAGUAACAUCAUCACUCCUGACUACUUCCCCUCUCACUCAAUAUUACUGCGCCCGAGGUCGAAGUGCUGCAGACUUAAGUGCUCUUCUGCCAUACAAUAAAGUUCUCAUUUUUUAUCCGCUUAAAAAUUUGCCACGUUUUAUUUUGUGCCACUAUACUUACUCGUGUAACUACUCAUGUAACAGUCUUUAAAUAGGGAAAACGUGGAAGUGUUUGGUGGCUUCUAAAUUCAUCCCUGUUUGGAUCCUAAGGAAUGAGUGGGGCUAGGCUAAAUGCUAACACAUUCACAACAAGCUCUGCAAAGAUUAAGUGCACGCAUUGAAAAAAGAUAGGUUUGUAUUAAUUCGUCUAAGAUGAUGUAAGAACAUAGUAAAAUAUUGAAAAACGGUGGUGUUUUCCUUUUUAAGGUUAAAUUAUUAGAAAUGGUUCAUCAAAAAAAAAAAUUGUAAUUCUCAUGAGAUUAAUCAUUUAUGCUAUACCAUAUGUAUAUGACUUUAUUUCUUCAGCUGAACAUAAAUAAUUUUAUAUUAAAAUGACUAGUUGGAUUAAUAUUCAGUAUCUUCAAAUCUAAUUAGUUUUUGGGAUGGCAUAAGGAGUAAAUUACAGAAAAAUUUUCAGCUAUGAACUAUUCUUUUAACAUCAGUGUUGCUUUAUUUAGUAACUGCUAAGUUCUCAGGAAAAAAAUAUGGUGUUAAUAAAACGUGUAAAGCUUUAUCUCAGUGUUGCUGACUAAUUUAAAUAAAAAAGUAGAAAAGUA